CUCAGUUCAACGCCCAAAAUGGCGGCACGAUUGAAAAGUUUUGACUGUUUUGUCCGAGUUUGUUUUCCACCCAGAUUCUACCUGUAGUUGUUUUUAACUGGGCGGACACGGCCAGCUUUUCAUAUCGGUGUCACACAGGCUUUUCUGUAGUUCUAUGGCACUCAGGAUGGCGUUUUGCUGUCACUUGAUAAUCGAGCAUCACUUUACCAACGCUAGGCUAGGCUAGGCUAGGCUAGCAUGCUAACCGCUGUCAGAUGAGUACUCGGCUGAAAGGUUUGCCUUAUCUCUCGUGGAUGCCCAAGCUGAAGUGAAUAUGAAGGAGAGAAUCUCUACAUAGACAUGGAUGAUGAUGUGAAAAAAGUAAAAAAGCCUGGUAUUGUGUCCCCCUUCAAGAGAGUGUUCUUGAAAGGAGAGAAGGGGAGGGACAAGAAAGCCCAGGAGAAGUCCACCGAGCGCCGGGCCCUGCACACCUUCUCACUCUCUCAGCCGGACCAUCGCAUCGACCCCGACAUCCUGCUCAAUGACUACAUUGAGAAGGAAGUCAAAUACUUGGGGCAGCUGACAUCCGUUCCAGGAUACUUGAACCCAUCGAGUAGGACAGAGGUCUUGCAGCUCAUUGAUAAUGCACGGAAGUCACAUCAGUUGGCAGGCCAGCUGACGUCGGAGCAGGAUGCAGUGGUGAGCUUGUCCGCGUACAACAUCAAGCUCGUGUGGCGCGACGGCGAGGACAUCAUCCUGAGGGUGCCCAUCCACGACAUUGCAGCCGUCUCGUACAUCAGAGACGACUCGUUACACCUUGUGGUGAUAAAAACUGCCCAGGACUCAGGCGGCUCUCCCUGUCCCAGCUCCUGUCCUGAUCUCAAUAAGUCCCAGACCCUGAGUUCUCUGUCAGAGAGUGGAGCUGUGCUUGUGGAAGUCUGCUGUCUGCUUGUUCUGGCUGUCGACAACAAGGCAGCAGCAGAGGAGUUGUGCCUUUUGCUUAGCCAGGUCUUUCAGAUUGUUUACACAGAAUCAACCAUUGACUUCUUGGACAGAGCCAUUUUCGACGGAGCAACGACUCCCACCAGACAUCUUUCUCUGUACAGCGAUGACUCUUCAAGCAAAGUGGAUGUUAAGGAGGCCUUUGAUGCCGAAGGCAGCACAUUUCCUUUUCAGGUCACAAUGGAGACAGAAGGAAUUUCUCCAUCAGCUUCCACGCCAGCGUCUCCUCAGACGAAGGCUGCGAGUGAGGGAGAGCUCAGCACCACCGCCGCCGAGCUGCUGCAGGACUACAUGACCACGCUGCGGACAAAGCUGUCCUCGCAGGAGAUCCAGCAGUUCGCCACGCUGCUCCACGAGUACCGCAACGGUGCCUCCAUUCACGAGUUCUGCAUCAACCUGCGCCAACUUUACGGAGACAGCAGGAAGUUCCUCCUACUCGGCCUGCGUCCCUUCAUACCAGAGAAGGACAGCCAGCACUUUGAGAACUUCCUGGAGACCAUCGGCGUGAAGGACGGCAGGGGCAUCAUCACAGACAGCUUCGGCCGCUACAGGCGCACGGCCAGCUCGGCCUCCGACUCCACCACCAACGGCAACGGGGCGGCGGGAGAGAGCGGCGACAGCGCCGCCUCCGACGAGGGCCAGGGGGCCUCCGAGGGCGACGAAUGGGACCGAAUGAUCACGGACAUCAGCAACGACAUCGAAGCUCUGGGCUGCAGCAUGGACCAGGAGGGUGUGGCGCCCUGACCCGAGGACACCAGCUGACGGCGCCAGGCACAGCGCGGCCCGUCACGUGAAGGUAGUCCCCAGCACUGACCGAAGACUUGCUCAGUUUUAAUUUCCUCUAAUUGUCAAGAGGACGUCCCGCUGCCCCCCCUCACACUCAAGGAAAAACCUCAACUCGUCUCAGUAGAGUCAACAAACGCACUUGCAGACUGUAGGUUACAUACAGUCGGUUGGCUUUUUCAGCAUUUCAGAUCACCUCUGAAUUAUUUUUUUUUUAAACUUGCUUUGGUUUUGUACCCAUUUAUUGGCAGUAUCUGCCACUUGCUGUCAGCGAUGUAGCGAAAGUCUCCAGUCUUUGAGAAUGUUUUUUUUUUUUUUUUCUUUUUCUAUUAAUACCCUCAAAGACCGGAGAGUCCAUCAGAAGACUGUACGUGUUUUUGAAGGUUGAGACUGAAGCCAUAGUGGUUUGUGCUUUUGUAUUACCAUAGACCGAUCAGCUUUAAGCCCCGGGAGACUCCUGGUUUCCUUCAGUUAUGUCACAUUUUGUGUGUUGCUGUGAGAGUGUAACAUCUCACUUUACAUGUACCUUUGUUUUUCCAGUUAGAUUUGUGUACUGCUUCGUUUUUUUGUUUUUUUUUUACACUAUCAUUUGUUAUCAGUGUUUACUCAUCUAUAUAUAGUUUUGCCUUAUUGAAACUGACCAAGGAAAUGCUGUAAAACAAGUCUUCGCUCAUUUAAAGCAACUUAUUGUUUUGACAAAUCCAAAUAGUGGAUGGCUGAUGUACAUUUCGACAUUGGUUCCUCUCAUGCAGGUCAUCUUGUUGUGUCGUGUGAUGCCACAUUUAUUUUGUCGUUGUGCCUUUACGCUGCCGCCAGCCGUCUGCCAAACACAGGCGGCCGAGUACAAACUGAAGCUGCAGUUGUUCAGCAAAUCAUGGUUAUUAAAUAACAGACCAUUUACACUGAUUGUAUGACGGUGUUUCAUAAUUAUAAGUAUCACCAUAAAGGAAAUAAGCGAU